AUGAUGAUACGUUUAAAACAAGCAGGAACAAUACUCAGUCCAAAUGACUUUGAAAAUUUAAGAGACAAGAUUCAGGGUUAUCAGUCCACGCUCUGCGUCUUACCAUUGAGAGAAAAUUUAUCAGGCCUUGCACCAAAAACGGUAACUGAACAAGAACACUAUGUUCAAUUUUUAUCUAAAGAAAAACAAUAUUUAGCAAGAUGCAUCUUGCUAAACAUAGUAUUAAAAACUGCGGAUAUUCGGCAUUUAAUGCUGCUGAAUAUUAUCGACGAUCCGGCGAAAAAGUUAAGGCUUAGUAUUGAAAAUCGAACCGGCAAUUAUAUAGAUGAGGUUCAAAAGAUUUAA